AUGCUUGCCGCUCUCUGGUGGCUCACGCUUCUUCCGGUCUUGGCGUUCUUUUCCGGUGGUCGGAGAUGGUUCUCAUCACCAACAACAACAAAAACAACAACAACAACAAAUUCAAACUCUGAAAAUUCUCCCAGAAGAAAAUCCAGUAAUACAACAAUAACAAAUUCUUCAUCUCCUUCUACUUCUUCAAUAGGUGAAACUCUUAGUAAAUUCUUUUCUACUAUAGAACAAGCUAUUCAUUCUACAAAUGACAAUACUACGGAUAUUUCCAAGAGGAUUGCUUCAUCAACUUCUUCAACCGCUGCUGCAUCAGUCGAGAGUGGAGAACAGCAUGGAAAGAUUCUCUUCUUUAGAAAGUGUUCGAUGAGUGUUGUGGAGAAUACUAUUAGAUCGGAGGCUUUGGAAAAUUUAAUCCUGAAGUUUAAUGAAAAUUCUGAUAGAGUUUCAAUUGUAAAUAAUGUAAAUGAAUUGAUUGAGAAUGAACAGGUUGUGGCUCCGUUUGAAGGUUUGGAAUUUAAUAAUUUAUUGCAUGAUGGUGUGAGUGAUAUGGACGAAUAUUUGAGAGUCAAUUUGGUAGAAGUUAUGUUUGACGAGAAGAGGAAAUUGGCAAAUUAUUUGAAAGAGAAUAUUACAGUGGUGGAAUUAACAAAUUGUGGACUCAAGAGGAUUCCUAUUGAAUUUCUCUCACAAUUUAAACAAUUAACGUCCAUUAAUUUGAGCUCGAAUGCUAUUGAGGAGAUUUCUGAAGAGUUUUUCAAGGUUGCUUCUUUAUGUCCUCUCAAAGUUUUGAAUCUUUCCAAUAAUAAUAUCAAAAGGAUUCCAAAAUACUUUUCCAACCUAUUUAUUCAACAUAGUCUUUUAACUUUGAAUGUACAGGAGAAUUACAUAGAUUUAGCUGAUGCUAUUCCUAUAGAAUUGAAAUAUAUUACUGGAAGAGAAAAGUCUCAAACUCACCACAACGAGGACUUUUCCUCUCCAAUCAAAAUGUCAAUCAAGAAAAAUUCACCAAAAGCCAGACUAUCCUUCUCUAAAGUGCUAACCAAGAAGGGCUCUCACAAUUCACAUAAUGCAAUGAGAUUUUUAUGUCACAUGCAACGAGUGCCACAAAGGAUUGCAGAUAGACUCUAUUUGGGAUCCGUUACUGCUGCUACAAAUAUUGAAGAGUUGAAAUCAAUUGGUAUUAAUAGUAUUUUGUGUGUGAAUGUUAUUUCUCCCUUCCCAGACGAGGAGGAAAGAUCUCGUCUAUUCAAAAAUUACAAACAAAUAUCAGAGACAGAUGAAGAAAAGACCAAUAUUAUGGGACGAUUUGAUGAGGCCUUAGAUUGGAUCGAUGAAUGUCUCAAUGCUGAUCCUUCCAACAAGGUUCUUGUGCAUUGCUCUGCAGGAAUGUCUCGAUCUGCAACCAUUAUUAUUGCCUAUGUCAUGAAUCGAAUGAAAAUGAGUGCUGAAGAGGCUUUUGUCUACGUUAGAGAUAAGAGAUGUUGUAUUGCUCCAAAUACUGGAUUUCUUUUACAAAUUCAACUCUACGAAGAUAUUGGCAAGGAUUUUAAAGGACCAAACUUUGAAUCUUAUGUACAAAGGCAGAUUUUUAACUAUGAUGAAAAUCAUCACUCUGCCAUGAUUAGUCUCAACUAUUUAAAGCUCAAGGAAUUUCCACCCAAGUUUUUAUUCAUUGAUCCAUCUCUCACUGAGCCAGAAGAAAUUGAGAAUUACAAAAAGAGUACAGAGAUGAAAUUUUCACAACGUCUUUCUAAAUUGCUCAUGUUAGAACUUCAAUGGAAUCAAAUAUCAUGCCUUUCAUCUCUGUUCAAUUAUCAAGUUGAAUCAUUGGUUGAGUUAGACUUGAGUCACAAUCUUUUGGAAACUAUACCGUUGGAAUUGCUAACAUUACCACAAUUGAGAAUUUUAAAUCUUUCAUUUAAUAAUUUAAAACAAUUACCUACAGUGGAUGAUAGGAAUAGUGAAUUGAUACCGAACAAGAUUGUCGAUUUGAGACUCGGACAUAACAAGAUUGAGAAGAUUACAAAUGCAAACUGCACGCUCUUUUCUACCUUGUUGAGGAAUUUAGAAAUGUUGGAUCUGAGUCAUAAUGAGCUUUGUGAAAUUCCUUCAUUUGAAAGCUGUUUCUCGCACUUGUCUCAUUUAAGAGUUCUCAGUCUUUAUCAAAACGAAUUUAGCGAGGAGCCAAAUGUUGUUUCCAAGUUUAGAGAAAGUGGCAAGAUUGUUUAUUACUCGACUAACAAGCAAUCUAUCAGACAAAUUUUGAAUAUCUAG